AUGCCGCCGAAGAAGAAACCAAAGGGCAAGUCGCCGUCGGUGUCGCUCAGCGGCAUGAGCGGGGAUAUUCUCGACAACAUCUGUUCUCACCUGGCACCUCCUGACGUGUUCAACUUGGCGACCUCCAGCAAGAAGCUCUUUCGCCCCUUCGGCGCGAAGCUCUUGCAGUCAUCGCUGAGGCGCCAGCUCGACGAGGUGAUGCAGCGCGUUACAACGGCGCAGGGACCACGGGUAGGGGUUUCAGACCAAGGCGUUGAUAUGCACCACCCCCGCCGCCAGUUCACGGUUCAGGAUCUCUUCCCCGACGAGGAGCGCCAGCUGGACUUUGACUCUUCUGGGCGCCCUCAAGUUAUCCUGUCUGGCUCUGCCGUGGUUCAGUGCGCCCUCGGGCCCGAUUUCCGUGGCGUCGAGGAUGAAUUUGAAGAUGACGACAGUCAAGGCAAAGACGAUGAUGACAGUGAGGGCGUCGACGACAGCGAGGACGAGGACGAUGAACAUGACGAUGACAGCGAAAGUGAGGUCAACCACUGGAAGGACGCCGACAUCGAUAUCUUCUGCACCUGGGACGCGGCACCCAUGAUCCGCCGCCGGCUUUUCCAGCGCUGUGGACUCAUCUGCUCCGGCGUCGACAACACGUAUAUGCAGUCAGGCCGCGAUCUGGCGGGAGAUAUUGAGGAAUCGACCAGCUCAGUUGUCCAUCACGUCGAGAGCUACUCUUCCCGCCCAACGGAAGGCAAGACUCAGUGGACCCAUUUCCAUGUGGACCCUGAAAAAGAGGUGGACUACGACAGCGAUCAGUAUGCAAACAAGCUCAGAGAGUGGGGUGAAGACGCCCUCAAGAAGCACAGCGAAUUAGAAGGGGACUGUGGGGUUUUUGUUUGGCACGGAGUUGGCAUCCCCGGCGGUGCCCUCAACACCGAAUUCCUUUACGACUACGAGCUCCGAGAUCUUAAGUUUGUGCAGCUCAUCGUUGCAAAGCCGGAGGUCAAAGAUGCACGCAUCCUCCUGAAGAAUUUUGACCUCGAGAUAUGCAAGUGCUCUUUCAAUGGGAAAGGCUUUACCAUCCCCGCUCCUGCCGAUACCUUCGCGGGCCGCACCAUCAUCACCCCGGCACGCCGGGACAUAAUUGAACAAUUCGUGAAGGGUUACUCUAAACAGAUCCUCGAUAAGCGUUCCGAAGGCUUCGACCCUCUUAAGCUUCUGAAAGGCAUGACCAAGAAGUCGUGGAAGGGCGUCGGUCUCGGUCCCUACAAACAGGACGACUACUAUGACAGGUACAUGUUCUGCCAGAGGCUCUUUGAGAGGUUGAAGAAGUACCGUGAACGAGGCUUGGAAAUUACCAACGCGCCCCAUAUGGCGCUUUACUUGGCCAAGGACUUCCCCCCUAUGCCUAGUGACGUAGGCUGCGUCGUGAUGUGA